AUGCAUCGUCGGAGGGGGGCCCAUGUCAGAAACCACGGAAUCACAAGCGAAUCCUCUUGUAACUCUCCCAUCGAUACCGACAAUGAUAGACCGUUCGAGCCCGAUUCCUCUGAGACCGAUCUCACCGAGCCGGAAUGCUCCUCUCCAGCGGAUCGAACGAUUGCUCGGAAGAAGCCAAGUCCAAACACCGGAACAAGAUCGUCACUAGCAGACCUGUCGAAUAUGGAACGUGCCCACCAGGCACGAUACCAAGUCCCGGAUGAUGACACGGAUGAGGACCUGGCCCAGGUGCCCGAGGAUUACGGCCGAUCCAACAAAACGAAGAGGUUGAAACUUCGACUGAAAGAGCGUUGGGCUUGGUUCUGCCAAAUGAAAGCAAUGGAGCCCUCCACCGGUCUCAGGUGGGGAGAUGCGGAGGAUGCACUGCGUGAGGCGUCUCCCAAUGACAUGCAUCGAUUUCUCAAUUGGUGUCUGAAACUGGAAUACAGUCCUGAUGGUCGCCGUCAGAAAGGCUAUACAAAGGCCAGCUCCCUUGAAGCGGAUUGGAAGUACUUCCGAAUUUACUACACACGAGUUGUCAAACACGAGAUGAGCAAAGAGAUGGGCGAGGCAGUUCGCACGGGUAUGAGAUACUUAGUGGAUAAGCGCGGUCUUGACAAACAACCGCGUGCAAAUGUCCCGGUUUACAUCGAAGAUAUGAUUCCAUUCAAUGAGACAAUCCUUCAAACGCGGGAGAAGCGAUUUCACUUGGGGUUUCAGCGGAUUAUCCUAUGUCUUUACAACACUAUUGGGUUAUUUACUAUCAACCGAAAACAGGCAAUGCUCGACCUUCAGUUCAAGCAUCUACAAAUAUCGCUCCAGCAGGAUCCGCACGGAGGACCUCCGAAGCCGAUGAUAGAACUUGAGCCACAGUUUGUGAAAAGCGUGUUGGGCAUGUCGAAGCUCAACACGUUCGCGCUACCCGAAAUUGUCUACGGCAUAUCGCUUGUCUUCAGCCCGCAUGUUCUACUCUUCAUUAUAUUAUUUUACGUCCACGCCUUUGAAGCGCCUCACUUAACCUCGAUGGAAGACCUUCGGAGACUGCUUGUCGAGGGCGGCCGACAGGAAAUGCCACUUCCCCUGAAGAAAGAAAUGGAUAAUUACUAUGUCUUCCCGAGGGUUGAGGUGAUAUGUGGCCAGCCCCGCAUUUUGUGGGAGACGCCCAUGAAUGGUAGCACACUCGACGCACAGCUCAGGACAUCCAGUUUCGUCAGUGAAGCACAGCGCAACGUGAUCAUGGCCCACGCCACUAGCAGAACGUUUAUCAAACAUUAUCGCCCCCGUCGGCAUACUGGCUUACAAGAGAUCAUGUGCGGUCUCGAUCCGGAUGAAGAGUUCUCAAAGGCUGUCACCCGGAUGAGCCGCUGGAUUGAUCGGCGGCGACCACGAUACCUGAGCGACACUGACCGGGAUUCAGUGGAGAGAGACCCAGAAAUGCAAUCGGCCAUGCGCUGGCAAUACGAGUUAGAGACCCAGUGCGGUGACCACUCUCAUGACCCAGCAUUGCGGGCGAUGCUGGAGGACCAGAAGCGUCAAGUUCUGAAUUUGCGCCGGCGUCUGCAGGACAAACGGCGGAAAGAAAUACGCCGUGAUUUUAGUCGGAAACAGGCGGUGAUUGACAUUGAAAGACAGCUGACUGGUGGGGCUGUCAGUGAUGAGCCUGCGCGCGAGGUAUUACGGAAGGAGUUUGAAAUGCCAUCCGAGCAGAUUCUUCUCGUGGAGACGUUCUUCACUUGGCCCACCACCGAUUCAUUAGAAGACGAGUGGACGCGGCGCAACAAAGCUGUUGCUGCUGGAAUACAAUAUUGUGGCUUUCAGGAGGGUGGGCCCCUUCGGGGACGACGGAAACGCUCUGCGCCGUCCGACGAUGACGAUGCAGUUCCCUCUCCUCCCGCUCGAAAGAUAAAGACCGAUACGCCGCCGACUACGUCGCGGGAAGAAAGACAUACCGCUGGCGGGAAAUCUAUCCCGAAUGCAGAGCUAACAUUCGCAUGCUUCCAAUGCCCCAAGACAUACGCCGACUAUAAUGGAGUGAGGAGGCAUUUUAGGGGCUCACACCUGAUGGACCGAAGAUGUAAUUUUUGCGAUUUGUCCCUUCUGCACGAGAUGCACUUGCGGAGGCAUGCCGGGGAGGACCAUGGCCUUCGAACAUGA